AUGCAGGGACCCUUCACUCUGCCGGAGGUCACCUUGAGUGAUACAGUUUUCGCACUCUGUGGUUCCGCCGUUGUAGUCUACCUUAUAUUCAAGCGUUACGAGCCGAUCAAUUUCUUCGUUCAUCUUCCCCUACUCACGAUUCCUCCGACCCUGGCUUUGCCACUCUUGUUGCAGCUUCUUGCGCCUCUUCAAGCAGUCUUUAUUUCUUUCUCUGUUUACUAUGCCACCAUCGUCUUGUCUGUAGUUCUAUAUCGUCUCUCUCCCUUCCACCCGCUUGCGCAGUAUCCGGGACCGUUCUUGCUUAAGGUUUCCAAGUGUGUCAUGGGUUGGUUUGCGUUCCAAGGCCGCACACACACGUACGUCCACGAGCUGCACCAGCUUUACGGUGACAUAGUUAGGAUUGGUCCAAAUGAGGUAUCCAUACGAGAUACCACUGCAAUCAUACCCCUCAUGGGCUCACUAGGUCUUCCCCGCGGUUCCAAUUGGCGAGCCAGGGGGAUGUACCCGUCGAUUCCCUCCCUAGUGAGCAUUACGAACCACGCAGAGCAUGCGGAGCGGCGUAAGCCUUGGAACCGUGCGUUCAACUCGGCUGCGCUUAAGGGAUACGAGGAUAUUAUCGCCAGACGCGCCACACAGUUGGUCGAAAAUAUUGCCAGACGCGGUAAGGUCGACCUUGGGACAUGGUUUAGCUGGUUCUCGUUCGACUUUAUGAGCGACAUGGCCUUCGGAGGAGGGUCAGAGAUGAUGCGAGACGGUGAUAACGCCAGUAUCUGGAGUCAGCUGGAGUCGGCCUUGAAGUGGGCAGCCUUGCUGGGCCACAUACCGUGGCUCGGCGCGUACGCGCGCAGCGUGCCCGGCAUUGGCGAGGGCUUGAAGAGAAUCGAUGCUUUCGGGACCCAGCGCGCGACGCUGCGUGUGAAGAACGGCUCGCUCAGCCGGGACCUUUUCCAUCACCUCAAUGGGGAGGAUGGCAAGGCGGGGACGCAGCCACCUCUAGAACUUGUCGUCGCUGACGGCACGCUCGCAGUUAUCGCGGGCUCCGAUACAACCACGGGGGUACUCACGAAUUUAUUCUUUUGCCUCCUUCGCCAUCCAGAGUCCUAUGUGCGCCUGCAGGCUGAGGUUGACAAAUUCUGCCCACUGGGUGAGAACGCGCUCAACACGAAGCACCUUGGGGAUAUGGUUUACCUAAAUGCUGUUUUGAACGAAGCUUUGAGGUUGUACCCUGCUGGUCCUAGCGGGAGUCAGAGGACCACUGGUAAGGGUCACGGCGGGAAGUUCGUAGGUCCUUACUAUCUUCCGGAAGAAACAAACGCCUCGAUCCACACCUGGUCCGUGCAUCGCGACGCGCGCAACUUCAGCAUGCCAGACAAAUUCUGGCCCGAGCGGUGGCUCAUCGCCGAAGACCUCGUAUUGCAAGCGCAGACGCCGGGGCUGGGUUUGACCCGCAGACAUACGACGACAGCAUCAGGGAGGUUGUGGUUUGCCAGAAGGGGAAGCUGCCGGUGCUGGUGGAGCGUCGAUCUGGCUUCUGAAUGCUCGGGACAUGUGUGGUUUAGUUCACAGAUAUCGUCAGAUCUCGGUGUUCGUUACUUGAUUAUGCUUGCCAGCAGGAUACCCCCGAGCUGGUGGAAUGAAGCUUGGCUGUGA